ACCUGGACUAGCUGAGCUCAAGCUCAAUUUUUUCAGUUUAUUUGGUUAUCGAGCCUAACUCAAACACUAUAAAACUCGCCUUGACUCGUUCUCAUCCCAAUUCAGAAUCAUCGGCAGGCUGGACCGGGUCUCUUUUUGGGCCCAAAGUGAAAAAUCCAAACCCAUCAUGUGGAAAAUGGACUCAAUUGACAGUAGAUGGAUCCGAUCACAAUAGGCAGGCACAUGGAGGAGUAAAAGCCGUUGAUUUCUUCGGUGAUGCUGCGAUUUCUGAAGCGGUUGAACCCCGCGCGAAGUGCUUCCGCCGUAACUGGCAGUUGUAGUAGUAGAUGGAUCAGAAGAAGCAAGCACACGGUGGUGAUGAGCUUUGGGGACGGAAGCCAAGGGGCGCUGGGACUGGCCACCUCCGCCGUAGGAAUGGGCGGCGACGCCUAUGAACCCACCCCUGUGCCUGGACUACCCUCCGACGUUUCCAAUAUCAGUGCGGGUCACUACCACUCCCUCGCCGUCACCAGUCAGGGUGAGGUCUGGGCUUGGGGCCGCAACAUCGAAGGUCAGCUCGGCCGCGGCCUUCUCGCUCCUAGAGAAUCGUGGAAUGAACCCAAGAGAGUGGAAGGGUUGGACCAAGUAAGAGUUCGAGCUGCAUUUGCAUCUGGUGUCAUCUCUACAGCAAUUGGAGAUGAUGGCUCUUUGUGGGUCUGGGGGAAGUCCAAGCGUGGACAGCUUGGUCUUGGAGAAGGAAUCACAGAAUGUGCUUCACCUUCCAAAGUUGAAGCACUUUCGGGAGAAGAGAUAGUUAAGGUAUCUCUUGGUUGGGGACACGCUCUCGCUCAGACCAAGGAUGGAAAGCUGUUUGGCUGGGGUUAUUCAGCAGAUGGUAGAUUAGGACAGAUGGGAAAGCCAUUGGAGCCCUCUCCAUUGGAUUCAAGUAGUGAUCUAUCUAAAGCAACACAAGUCUCAAGUUCAGUUCUAGAAGCUGCUGAAAAGUUGGUAAUGGAAGGAAUGGAGAAGGAGAAAGACAUGCCUAUUGUCUGGGAGCCAUGUUUACUUCAAGAACUACAUGAUUUUGAAGUUGUAGACGUGGCGUGUGGGUUUGACCAUUCACUAGUUCUUUGCCGUGAUGGAACCCUAUUGAGCGGUGGAAGCAAUGUAUAUGGUCAAUUGGACAGGGUGAUUCAAGACUUGGGAAUGCUUCCAGUUGACAUAAAAUUCCAUCCUACUUCUAUUGCAUCAGGACUCGGGCAUUGCUUGGCAAUAUGCCAAAUCAAAAGGUCAGAGGGAACAGGAGAAAGCACAGGCAUUGUUUCAUGGGGAUGGAACCAGAGUUCUCAGCUAGGGAGGGAAGGCCCUGAGAACCUCCCGCUGGUGGUUAACGAGCUGGCGGCGGAAACCCCUGUUUCAGUCUCAGGAGGGCGUGCACAUUCCGUUGCUUUGACAUCUAAAGGGGAGGUAUGGGUUUGGGGGAGCGGUAGAAAUGGGAGGCUAGGGUUAGGUAGCUCUAUGGAUGAAGCUGAACCACAGUUGGUUGAUUAUUUGGAAGGUUCUGAGGUUUUGCAAGCUGUGUCAGGGUUUGAUCAUAAUCUAGUCCUGGUUGCUGAAUGAUGUAAUCGGUGAUAGAAUGAAGCUAAUUGAAUCUUCUCUGUAUGUGGAUAUAAUGCUUGUUUGAGAUUUCAUAUUCAUAAUUUAUCAAAAAUAAACUUCUGGUGCAGCUUUUGGUGA